AUGAUUCGACUACAUGAAGCCAAGAUGCUGCAAACUCUGCACAGAUCCCUGAUCCCAAACAUCCCGGAGGCAAUAAAGGUAUAUGGCGCCAUUUUUCACAUUAACUGUGGAAACCCCUUCAACCUGGAAGUGCUGGUAGACUCUUGGCCAGACUAUCACACUGUCAUUACCCGGCCCCAGAAACAGGAAAUGAUUGAUGACAGGGAUCGUUACACAAACACUUACCACAUUUUCUCCAAGAACCUCCAGAAGUUGCCAGAGAUCCUAGAAUCUGAGAGUGUCAUCAACUGGAAACAAAGUCUCACAAUCCAAGGUUGUCAAAAGGGUUUAGAUGAAAAGAUCAGAGAUGCUGUGGCUUCCAAGUCAAUACAGGUGAAUUACAACAAGAGGUUUCUCUACGUAACAGACAAUGUUCUGAAAUCCAUUACCUCUAAUACAAGCAAGUUGAUGAAGCCCCUUAAAGUAGCCAGUGCAGAAAAUUUAAAGUUCAUAAGUACAAAUAAUAACUUCAGACCUUCCCUGUUGAGUGUUUUCCAUGCUGAACUUAUAAACAAUAACUGGAAAUUUGGACAGAAUGAGAAGAGCUUGAGAUUUGUCAAACGUUGCCUCCAAAACUUUCCGGGAUACUGUCUGCUAGAUUCAGAAGGCAAUCCUAUUUCUUGGACUAUACUGGAACACACUAGUGAAAUGAGAAUGAGCUAUAGUCUACCUGAAUAUCAACGCAGAGGUUUUGCAAAGCAGGUAAUGAAUAAUUUUAUGGAAUAUCUGCAGAAGAAUGAUACGAUAUUUUAUGGCCAAGUGGAGGAGACGAAUGAGGCUGCCCAAAAAUUUCUGAAAUCAGUUGGUUUCUCUGCAGUUGACUGUGGUGGGUAUGAGUGGGAAUGCAUUCCAGCUGACUUUAUUUAA